CACAUAUUUGUAAGUUUCAGUAGUGAGUUUGUGAGUGUGUGUGGCAAGUGAUCUCGAGGGCCUAAACCAACACUACUUUCCCUGCUUCAUAUACAUAUAUCUUUUUACAUGUUGCAUGUAUAUAAACAUAUUACUUUUGAUCAUCUUAUUCUUAAACCCUAAUUACAUUAUCAUCAUAUACCGAAAAUGAAGCCAGGUGCAUUACAACUUGGUGUUGCUCCACCUACAAAUAGAGGCAUUGCCAUACUUGACUUUAUCCUUCGGCUCAUCGCCAUCGCUGGAACCCUAGCUAGUGCGAUCCCCAUGGCUACAACAACAAGCCAAACACUCCCAUUUUUCUCUAAGUUUGUUCAAGCCAAGUUCAACGAUUUCCCUUCCUUCACGUUUUUCGUGGUGGCGAGCUCCAUAGUAAGCACGUACCUCUUUCUUUCUCUAGCUUUCUCGAUACUACACAUAACAAAGGCUAAUGCGGUGAACACUAGGCUCUUAUUGCUUUUUCUCGACACUGUGGCUAUGGGUUUACUGAUGGCAGGCUCAGCAGUGGCAACAGCUAUUGUGAAAUUGGUACACAGUGGCAACAGUAAGUUCAACUGGUUAGCAAUUUGUCAAAAAUAUAACAAUUUCUGCAAACGGGUGUCUGGAUCUUUAAUCGGUUCGUAUACUGGAGUCGUUGUGCUGAUUCUUUUGACAUUGCUUUCGGGUGUGGCUCUUUCCAGACGUUGAUUUCUUUCCUAUAUAUGGUCAUUGUUUCGGUUCUUGAGCAUACAAAGUUGUGUCUUUAGCUUUUCUAUUUGCUUUAUGGUGUGUAUAUUUAUGAUACUUUCACCCAUUUCUCAUGCA